CCGAUGCUGUGCCAAAAGUGGGAACAAACAAAGCCCCGGCAGAUGUCUCUCCCGACAAGACCAAAGCCAAUUGCAUCCACUGCCACCGGAGCAGGACUGAGUCCCAAACACCACCCGCCGGACCCAGCUGGAGAAACCGUCAGAGCACUACAGGACAUUGAAUCGAUGGCAACUGGACUGUUGAGGUCAUCUUAGAAGACGUUUCGCCUCCUAUCCAAGCGGGAUUCAUCAGUUCAUGCUCAUUGACUAGCCAGCAGACAACAUGUAUUUAAGGAUACAACCACUUCACCCUUAAAGUCCAGUGCAUGCACCACUGCGUCUGCUGCUUCUUUGAUUGAUACUUCAUCUUCCUCACCAACUGGGAGAAAGAGACAACACAAUAAUUACUUUCACUGUAAGGUGUUCAGAAGUCAGCACGCAACAUGUGUUAAAACUCACCAGAAAGGAUAAUGGGGUCAACCUCUGGAUAUUCUCUCAAAACCCAAAGGAAGAGGCGAGCCAAGUCCAAAGAGUAAAUGAACUGCCUUCUUGGGGUACCUGAGCCCCAGACAACCAAGGGCUUCCCCUCUUCUAACAGUGGAGAUAAACAAGAGUGGGUUUGUAUGUCAGAAAAAUCACAAACACAUUUGUUGUUAUGUUGUGACUGCUUAUGCAUCCUUGUUGCUUAUGUAGCAAAACGUAAUUUACCUUUGGCAAUGUAAGCUCUGUGAAUUAGACCUGGUAGCACAUGACCAUCUUCAAUGCUGAAGUUGUCAUGGGGACCGAACACAUUAGUGGGGAUCACAGCUGUGUAGUGACGUCCAUGCUGCUGGAAAUAGGCUCUGAGGAACAUCAAUGCAGUUUAAUAGACAAUUACAAAAAGGUAAGUGUAACCAGGUAAAUUUUGCCUCUAUUACGUUUUAAUCAUGCUUCUAUAUUGUCCCCAUUUGACGCUGCCGGUCAAACCCGUUCAUUUCAGUGAACCGGUUCAUUCAGUAAAAAGAGUCAGUCCGUUCACUCAUGUUCACGUUCGUUCCGACUCAACAGAGCAACAUCACGUGACUAGUGAUGUGUCGGUCAUGAACGAACGGGUCAAAAUAAUUAGUUCUUUUUUGUGAACGGAAUGAACGAGGUCACCGACAGUGUCGGUCAAUAUCUCGGUCUGGGUCUGUCAGUCAGCUAACCCCACCCACCCACAGAGCGAGGUGGCGAAGAUAGGAUAAAACAGGCAAGUACGCAGAUAGUCUAGGAACGGUGAACUGACUCUCCAGCCAAUCAACUUAACGGACUGAAAGGGUAUUUUAGGGGUGGUGACCUGUUUCAAUCCGUUCACAAAAAAUAAUUCGUUUUUUUGAACCGUUUGUUCAUGACCGACACACCACUACGGGGAAGUGUUGCCUGAGUGAGCUACAGGUCAGUUCAAAUCUCCUAACUAAGACAUGAUACAUUUCUGCUUUUAAUGGUUCACAUUCAACUUGUAGGAGCCUCCUACCGUGAACCAGGGCGAUGGGGAAAAACUAUACAUAUUGCGAUAGACUUCGUAUUUGACCAGAUUCUGCGCGCUACCAGACCAGGCCUAGAGCCACGGAUUGAAAGCCACUGCAAGAGUCGCCCACACGAUGGUCAGACAAGAUGACUCUUUGUAAUGAGUCUAGAAAGAAUGGAAAUAUGCCAACAUCAGCAGUACCUCCUCCGAUACCUAUGUCUCCCAUCGUUGAGAAGAUGGAGGGGCUGAAGGCUAUCCGCAAUCGCAGCAACAGCCUUCGUUUUGGCCGGCUGGCCUUCUACCGUCACUUGGAGAAGGUGGGGACUAUGCGCUGCUUCUGGGAGCUUAAACACAUGGAGCUCGAGGGAGGCAAUCAACAGGGAAAAGAUGACAAAGAUAAAGGCAAAGUGAACUUGCAGAGCCUGAAAGCCCAGAUGAAAAAGUGGUCCCUGGAAACAUCAGACUCACUUCCUGCACCUGUGCUUCCAGAGCAGGGAUCAGCUCAGGAGUGGCGAGGUGGAGAAGAUGCUGAAGACACGGGUCCUGAGGACGAUGCAAAAUUAGAGACAAAUGAAAAUAAGGCCGAAGUGUCAUUCAAAGCCCUCAGUAAUUUUACCGACAUUUCUGAAAAGAAUGACAAGACAUCUGUCUUAAAACAACAGAGCUCUGAAGAUGUUGGAGAUGUGGCAUCCUGCAGCAAACGUCGCGUCACAGAAGAAGAACCGGUAAAGGAUGAUCUUAAAAAAAGUCGUGUAGAAGACAUUAAAGAUAAUAAGGCUGAUGAGUUGGUGUUGGGAGAAGACCAGCAACAACACAUUAACCCUGAUGCAGUGAAAACGGAGCUGGAACAAGAGAGAAAUGAGUCGGAUGUGAAGGAAUUCUUCAUCGACUCAAGUCCUCCACCAUCAGCACCGUUUGACCAUCGUAUUGUGACUCCCAAACCUCAUCAGAUAGCCGCCUACUACUCCAUCAACAAAGAAGAAGUCCUAGGAGGGGGGCGUUUUGGUCAGGUCCACAAGUGUGUAGAGAACUCCUCAGGCCUGACGUUGGCAGCCAAGAUCAUCAGGGCAAAAAGCCAAAAGGAAAAGGAUGUGGUGAGGAAUGAGAUCCAGGUAAUGAACCAGCUCAACCACUCCAACCUCAUCCAGCUGUAUGCAGCCUUUGAGUCCCGCCAUGACAUCAUCCUGGUCAUGGAGUAUGUUGAAGGAGGAGAGUUGUUUGACCGCAUCAUUGAUGAGAACUACAACCUGACUGAGUUUGACACAGUGCUGUUUAUACGCCAGAUCUGUGAGGGACUGCAAUACAUGCACAAGAUGUACAUACUACACCUUGACCUUAAGCCAGAGAACAUCCUAUGUGUCAGCAGAGCUACAAACAAGAUUAAAAUAAUUGAUUUCGGUCUGGCCAGGAGAUAUAAACCUCGAGAGAAGCUGAAGGUCAACUUUGGAACGCCUGAAUUUUUGGCACCUGAAGUCAUCAACUAUGAGUUUGUGUCCUUCCCUACAGACAUGUGGAGCCUCGGUGUCAUCACUUACAUGCUACUCAGUGGCUUGUCUCCUUUCCUGGGCGAUGAUGACAACGAGACUUUAAACAACAUUCUGGCUUGCCAGUGGAACUUCGAAGAAGAGGAGUUUACAGAUGUUUCUGAUGAGGCUAAAGACUUCAUCACUCGUUUGCUCGUUAAGAGCAAAAGCUGGAGGAUGAGUGCUGCAGAGUCUCUCAGACAUCCAUGGCUGUCAGAUCGGAGUUUGCACUAUAAUUUACAUUUGAAGAAAAAUAAGUGUCACUCCACGCGGGCACCCUCUCCAGAGUGCUAGAAAGAAACACUGGCAUCAUGGCUUUCGAAAAUGUAGGGCCCUGAUGUCCAACACUGGACCAAUGCUGCUGUACCUGUCUGGCUCCUGGAUAACUACUCACUGCCUAGCUCCGCAUAUAGGCUUGGGAUAGCUGCUCUUACCUCUGAUCAUAGCAGUGUUUUUAUGAGGCCAAAACAGAAGAAUUGGGCAGUUUCAUCAUUGUAUUUGUAAUAUUUAUCCUGUACAGCAGGGUUCGCUAACCACCAGGCCACGGCUGUGGAAAUUUUAUGUAUAUAUUUAAAAAAGAAACAUUUUUAAAACAGCUUUGUGAACAACUACAUUGAAUUUAAUGUAAAUGCAUAUGCAUUUUUGACAUACGGGCAUUUUUAUUUGAAAAAUAAUUUGCAAAGAUGUAUUUUAUGAUGAUGUCAUAUUGCUGUCAAAUUUGGGUGCUUACCAUCACUACCUGCAGGUGCAAAAAUGAAACAUGAACAAGCUUUUUCUCUGGGAUUCUAACAACAAUUCACGGUCCGUGGGCUCCAAAAAGGUUAGGGACUGCUGCUGUUGGGUAUGGUAGCUCAAACCGUCUGUCACAGCUCUAAUUUGUGUUGUGAAGUGCUUCUGCAUUUCACAAGAUGUAAGAAAAACAUGAAAAUAUAUUAUUUUAAAUAUAAAGAUACAGUUGAAGAGCACUGUUUAACAAAUGACGUAGUCCUCUAACGAAAGUCAUCACCUAUAGAUUUACUAUACUAUCUCUGAGUCAUGCUUUAAUGGUUUACUGAUAUAACGCAUUAUGUGCAUGCCUGGCAAUUUUUGGUCUGUUUUCUGAGGUUCAUCAAAAAAACAAUUGAAUGCUACUAGCUGAAGUAAAGUAUAUUUUUUGAGAAUACACGUUACUUUCUUUAUUUUUAUGUACAAGUCUUAUGAAAAACUUUUAUUUGGACAAAAAAAAAUAGGAAUGUACUUACAGUAGAGCUUGAUUGAAGACACAUCUUGUUCAUUUCUUUAGUAGGGUCCUGUAAAAUAUGUCAUACUAAGAUCCUGGUUUAUGUCAUAUACAGCACACAUUCGCUGUACUUUUUAUUGCUUGCGGUUUGCUUCCAUGCUGCUUUGGCAGCCUGGAGUUGGUACUGUAGCCCCCUCGCCUUCCAUGAAGGCAUAACAAAGAACAAUACUACCUUUUAUGAAUGUUUUAUGUUUUUGACUGGUGUUGAUGUUAAUUUAUUUACUGUUUAGCACCGGACUGUACUUGAAGUGCUUUGCUUUAUUUACUAUAUUUGAUCACAAACGUCACACAGAAUUUCUCUCAUUUCUGCAGGGUUCAGUUCAAUGGUGUGCAGAUCAGAGACAUUGACUGUAGUACUGUCACAGUUUUGUUGAAGAUGUAAAAAAAAAAAUCCUUUCAAUCCUGCCCAAUAAUAACCAACUGUACUGUAGUCACUGGACAUAAUGCUGCCUCUUACUGGAUCACCUUUAUGUGAUGGAAUGUUUGUCUCAGUUGUUUGCUGUUCCAUUUUGAACUAAAAAGCUGUGUAAUUUUGAAAAAUAGCUGUUUAUGAUACAUUUUGUGUAAUGAUGUUAAUGAAU